GAUUGACAGGAACUAGGGUAGAACGGGGUCUAGGGUCCUGUGUCCACCACGCUGAGCCCAUGGAACUAGGAAGUGUGGAUGGGGCUACGGCACAGAAGGACUCAGCUUCCUCCUCCUAAACUGGGCUGCGUCGACAGUGUCCCAAGGGUCCCACAGGCUCAUAGACGACUCUGUGUCCUGGGAUCUUCAUCCCUGGCCCUCUGUUCUCCCCUCCUGGGAAAAUGCUUCCUACUCCCUCAAGGUCCUUUGGAGUGGAGGGCAGCCUGGCCGCCUGGAGGACCGAGGACCUGGGUUUGCAGCACGUGGCCAAGCAGUGGACCCUGAUGUGGACACCGAGGUCAAGAGCCUCCUUGUUGGAGCCUCGGGUCCUCAUUAGGAAGUGGUUCCCCAGGCAGAGCCCUGGAUGGGGAGAGGAGGCCUUGUGAGGGACCUGAGCACCGGGCCAGGGGAGGGACACGGGCCACAAGGGAGGCUUCUGAGGGUUGUCACCUGGACCCUGGAGCCCACAGGACCUGUGCCUAUGAGACACAAAGAGAGAGACAGAGUCCGAGGCAGGGACAGAGAAUGGACCCACGAGAGAGGAAACCAGAAAUUCCAUGAAUCGGCUCAGAAAUGACACCCGGUCAUCCUAUUCUAGCCCUUAGAACCGGUCACAUGGGCCGUCCACCCGGGAGGGGAGGGGGUGACAGAGGCACGUAGGACCAGGAAUUGGGAAGGCGGGGAGCCACAGUGGGGACCGCCCAGCACGUAGGCCCAGACCAGGCGCUGAGACCCGAGCCCAAAUGUAAUGGAGCCCCUGGCAUGCGUGUCUGGUGGGCACAGGGUCUGAAUGAGUUCACCUCCACCUUCCCUGGGCCUGGGACCCAGGCAGGAGGGGUGGCUGUGCCUGGACCCGGAGAGGACCCAGGCCUGUGUGAGUGUGUUCCGUGCCAGGCCCACCCCUUCCUCGUCCUUCCACGGCCACGUGUGCCCACGAGCCUCAUGGGAUAGCAGGCACGGGAUGUGUCUACGGGUGGCUCCCUGAUGGUACCCCUACGAGUAGUUGCCAGAAGGACCCCACUGUGCAGACGGGUGCACGGGGGCCCCGGGAGGCACAAUGCAGGGUCCCAGCACUGGUCAGGGGGAAAACCCAGGUCUGAACCCAGCUCUGUGGCCCCAAAGCCACGGCACCGGCCGCACCAGGCCUCGCGGGGACGUGUCUGGGCUGUGUUGGUGUCACUGUAGGGACAGGGCAUGGGGUGGAGGGGAGCCCUUUGCAGCCUGGGAGGGGCUCUUGUAGGAGCAGGAAGCCGGGUAAGGGGACCCCAGGAAGUGACCUCACCUCCCUGGUAACAGACCCCAACAGAACUCGGAACCCGGGUCACUAGGCACCCACGUUCUGGAGACAGCGCCCGACUGGGCUCAUUCGUUGGGACACCAUUGCCUGACGAACAUGUUCUCCUGUUGUGUGCCCGUGUCCCGCGGCUGCCGGCUCAGGGGAGCCCGUGGCCGCGACGCUUCUCGACCCUGGAGACAUUGGGUCAGGUCGUGCACAGGACGCCUCAGGUCUCUAGCUCGCAGGGACCCAAAGAAAUCAACCGAUGAAAUCGGGAAACGAUUGGCAGAAUCUGGAUUCACCCGCCCUACAGAGUUGUGCGUGUGCCCCGUCGCCCAGGAGGGCCACCCUGGACCCGUGGAGAGAGAGGCCGCACUGAGGUUUGGGGAAGCAGGGCCUGGAGUUGGCCUGGGAAAGCCUCCUCCAGCACCCCGGCUCCGCCGUAAGGUCUUCGUUCACCGGUCCUGGGACCAGUACUUGGAGUCCCCGGAGUCAGAGCCCGAGGGUGAGAAGGCUGGGGGUGGGCGAUGGGGGUGCACGGGGCCCGGGUGGUGCUGGGCCACCCUGGGAGGAGCCCCCGGGGGCUGGUGUGGGGCCAGGAGCGGACUGAGAGCCCCGGGCUGCGGACUGCAGGGGGCAGAGGUCCUGGUGUGGGUUCCUGGCCGCGGCUUCUCGGCGAGGCUCUGGGAGUCCGGUGCAGGAGCAAAAGCCGGGUCGGCUCCAGAGCCGGGCCCAAAGGCAUCAGGGGCCUCGGCGUAUCUGCAGGCAGGUGUGGUAUCUGGAGCGACUCCUGCAGGGGCCCGGGAGCCAGCAGGUGACCUGGGACCUGUGCGGGGACAGCGGGCACCUGAGCAGGGUCAGCUGGGUCCUGCUCCUGCUGGUUCCACUGUUCCCGCUUUCGCUCCCAACACUGCUCCUGCCAUCGCCCUUCUCCCCGCCCCUGCCACUGCCCUUGAUCCCACAUGGAUGUCGGCCAAAAAUCAAGGGGUUGAAGACCUAUACAGGGUGCUUUUUUUAUCUUAUUUUAUUUUUUGUUUAUUAUAUUUUAUUUCAAAUUCAUUCUCCAAUCCCUGACCCUGACCCCCCACCAAGAUGUCUCUUCCUCUUCUCCCCUAUCCUUUUUCUCUUCUAGUUUUUAGGUAUUAUGUUCUUUGUUCAUUAGUUAUAAUCUAUAUUAAUCUUCAAUAAAAUGUUUUAUUUAUUUUAC